AUGUUCUACUUCCACUGCCCCCCGCAGCUAGAGGGCGCUGCCCCCUUCGGAGGUCACUCCGCCGGCGACUUCGACGACGGGUUCCUGCGGAGGAAGCAGCGCCGCAACCGCACCACCUUCACCUUGCAGCAGCUCGAGGCCCUGGAAGCUGUUUUUGCUCAAACCCACUACCCGGAUGUGUUCACUCGUGAAGAGCUGGCUCUGAAAAUCAACCUCACGGAGGCCAGGGUGCAGGUGUGGUUCCAAAAUCGAAGGGCUAAAUGGAGAAAAACAGAGAGGGGUGCUUCGGACCAAGAGGGCUCUAAGGAAACCAUGGCUGAGGUGGCACCUCCUGCAAGGAACUUAAAUUCCCCUUCUCCGACAGAUCAAACCAGGAAUAAAAAGGAGGGUCUGGAGAUCCAGCAGAGCCUGAGUCGAGCAGUGGGCCCUACAGGACCCUUCUUCCCUUCCUGCCUGCCGGGGACUCUUCUCAACACAGCCACCUAUGCACAAGCUUUGUCCCAUGUCGCCUCUCUAAAAGGGAGCCCUCUGUGCUCGUGCUGCGUUCCAGACCCCAUGGGGCUCUCCUUCCUGCCCACCUACGGCUGCCAAAGCAACCGCACGGCCAGCGUGGCCGCGCUGCGCAUGAAGGCGCGCGAGCACUCGGAGGCCGUGCUGCAGUCUGCCAACCUCCUGCCCGCCAGCAGCAGCAGCAGCAGCCCCACUCCUCCUGCCAAACCCGGCCCCGAGGGCAGCCAGGAGCAGCAGCCCUCUCCAGCCAAGGAGCACAUGGAAGGGGAGAAGAGCGUAUGA